AUGUAUGCUACGAUCCAGCCUCGACUUAUUGCUUUACUCAACGAUGAUCAUUCCGAUAGCCAAGGCUUAUACCCCCGGUUCGACCUGCCGCCAUUACAGGAUCCUAAUAUCCUGAAGGCCUCUGGUAGACAUUCGAUCCUAGAGCCAGUGGCGUCAAGGAACGAUAAACAAUCAGCGCGAGGGCCACAACCGAAAAUAUUAAGUUAUGAUGGAGAUUCUCCAGGUUCGCACAAUAAAACCAGGGCCAAGUCUAGCAGCCAAGUUGCUGUGAAUUCGUCUGUCAUAGACAGCAGUGUGGGCGAGCCUUCUGCCCAGUCUUUGCGGAAAAUAUUAUCUGACGACUCCGAAAUAACACACCCAUCUGCGAGCAGAAAGCGGCAACGAUUAGAAGACCGAAGCGGCGAUUUUGUUCAACUUCCUCAACCACCGACGAAACAAAAGGCUGUGAAGCGUGUUGUUCCACCAAUCAUAAUUGGGCUGCACGAACCUCCGCCAAAUCAAGCUGCAGUUUUUCCUCCCAUAGCGUCGAGCUCUUUCCACGAUUCCCAUGGCCGAAACACGCUGAAUACAUCUACGAAUGAAGCAAAAGAGGAUAUAUCUACCAAGGUUCAAGCAAAACAACCCAACCCCCCAGAGGGUCUCCCUGGAAACAAACCUUCUGGCAACAAAAGGGUGGGAGUUCAAGCACGGAAGAAAUGGACGGAUGAAGAGACGAGAAAUCUGAUAUUAGGUGUGCAGAAGCAUGGAAUCGGAAACUGGAAAAGCAUUUUUGAAGAUAAAGAGUUGACUUUUAAUGGUCGGACUCCUGUUCAUAUCAAAGAUCGUUUCCGGACAUGCUUUCCUGGCGCACUUCAAAACGAUAAUAUUAUAAAGCCCAUUUCCAAAGUCAACCGUAAACCAUCGGACUCGUCCAAAUCCCAUAAGGACCCGAGUUCUAUUCCUACAAGGGAAGAGGAUAGUUCGGAUUCCAGCGAUGAUUCAACCGUCAACGAGAAACCGAACAGUCCUCAAGUUAAAUCCACCAAAAAGCCUCGUGCUCACCGGAAAUACUUUGACGACCUUGUGGAACAGGGGGUUGUCAAGGCAUUCCCAAAAUCUACUCGUCGAGGACGCCGGCUGUUUACUGAAGAGGAAGACAAAAAUAUUAAGAAGGGGGUCGAAACAUAUGGGCAGUCAUCGUGGACGUUGAUACAGCGUGAUCCAAAAUUCGGGCUCGAAAGUAGGAAACCAACUGAUAUUCGGGACCGUUUUCGAAAUCUGUUCCGUGACAAGAGUAAUGUUGACGAAGAGGGCGAAAACCCAAGAAAUUCUGCAUCAACCACGGCUUUACUCGAAAUACAGCCUUUAAACGGUGGCUUAUCAUUACCAACUCAAGAAUCUCUUUCUCAAGAUCGCAUGUUUGGUCCAGUUCAAUACUACCCCGACAUUGGUAUAUCCAAGCAAGCCAUGCAACCACCCUCGUUCAACUUCAGGGGUUCGUUCACAGAAUUUCUUGGCCCGCUUCCAGUCACCGAUGCUGCUGAUGCGUUUUCAUUCCCUCCAUCUUUUGACUGGCAGGAUAAUACUGUCCCGUUUUCUAGUACUAUUGGCGAAAUGGAUAUCUCACGACUAUUGCUGGAUGAUAGUUGGGCGGCAGAUCCAAAUUCCAACUUGAAGCAGAAGCAAAGCGUUACCGACAUCAGCAGUAUCUGUUCUGCAAUACCGCCACCGGUACCGCCAUUGAUGUCGAACCAUAACGUGCCAGGGAUGUGA